CAAUGGAAACACAAUUGGUGACAAUUAGCUGCAGGCGAUCGUUGAUAACACGUGACGUCAAUGAUGAAGGUUGUGAUUGUGGAUAGAAAAACAGUUAAUGUAAGUACAGAGGGGAUUAGACGCAGCUGUUUGUUCGGAAUCCAGUCACGUUACUUGAAACUUGCAUUUGCUCACUCUAUAGACGGUGGAAAUGCCUAUAUAUAGAAGAAUGUAUGAAUGUGAAUGUUGGAGAUGUCUGUGUGCGUCAGCGCUUAGGAUGGAAGGAAAAUAAAACAGAUGCAGUAGAGCUGAUCGAAGUUUGGUGGAGUAAGCAUGGCGAGUCCCAACGUGGAAAUAAAGUACACUAAAUUGUUUAUAAAUAAUGAGUUUGUGGAUUCGUUGAGUGGGAAGAAAUUCGCGAGCAUCAACCCGGUGGAUGAGACGGUGGUCGCGGAAGUCGCGGAAGGAGACAAGGCGGAUGUUGACAAAGCGGUAGCAGCGGCGAAGAAAGCGUUCGCUCGCGGAUCUGAAUGGCGGAGCCUUCAACCCGCGCAAAGAUCCGCGCUUCUGAACAAGCUCGCGGAUUUGGUGGAGCGUCAUGUCAAGGAAAUCGCGAGUAUCAUGACGCUGGAGAACGGAAAGCCUUUUACUCAUGCAAUGAUUGAAACUUAUGGCGCUGCGGGAGUUCUUCGGUACUACGCGGGAUGGUGUGACAAGAUCCACGGCCAAACAAUUCCAACAGACGAUGGAAGCUUGGUGAUGACCAGGAAGGAGCCAGUGGGAGUCUCGGGGCAAAUUACGCCUUGGAAUUAUCCGAUUAUUCUACUUGCAUUCAAAUGGGGACCUGCUUUGGCUGCGGGUUGUACGAUCGUUCUUAAACCAGCAGAACAGACUCCGCUGUGUAAUUUGUACAUCGCUGCGCUGACUAAAGAAGCUGGGUUUCCUCCAGGAGUUGUCAAUGUUAUUCCUGGGUUUGGUCCCACCGCGGGAGCUGCUCUUGCUGAACAUCCUGAUGUCGCAAAAAUUGCCUUCACUGGAUCUGUUGAAGUUGGGAAAUUGAUAAUGAAGGCUUCGGGAAAUAGUAAUUUGAAGCGCGUGACUUUGGAACUUGGCGGGAAGAGUCCUUUGGUUAUUUUUGAUGAUGUUAAUAUGGACGAAGCGGUAAAAAAAGCCCACGAAGCAAUCUUCAAAAACAGUGGCCAAAUUUGUUUCGCUGCAUCCCGAACUUAUGUUCACUCAAAAAUCUACGAUGAAUUUGUUGAAAAAUCCAAAGACUUGGCAUUGAAAAGAAAAGUAGGGAAUCCCUUUGAUCCGGCUACAGAGCAAGGACCUCAAGUAGAAAAAGAAAUAUUUGACCGAGCGCUCAGGUUUAUUGAAAUAGGAAAAAAAGAAGGUGCGAAAUUGGUCACCGGCGGCGAGCGCGUAGGAAAUAAAGGAUUCUUUAUUCAACCGACGAUUUUCGCGGAUGUGACUGAUGAAAUGACGAUCGCCAGAGAAGAAAUCUUCGGUCCCGUUCAGUCGAUUCUCAAAUUUGAGAGCCUGGAAGACGUUAUCAAACGCGCGAAUGACACGAAUUAUGGUCUUGGGGCCGGUGUUUUAACCAAUGACAUCAACAAGGCUAUCAAGUUUGCUCAAGCCGUAGACUCUGGUAAUGUUUGGGUCAAUCACUAUGGCGCUAUUACUCCUUCAGCUCCUUUUGGAGGCUACAAACAGUCCGGAAUUGGUCGAGAAUUAGGCGCAGAAGGCUUGGACAAUUACUUAGAAACUAAAACAAUUUCAAUAAAACUUUCCAGCGAAUAUUAAGAUAGUACUACCGGUUUUAGAAUUGACGUUCAGAAUUUAAUGGAAUUUGGCAUAUUGGUACUUUUCUUCUAUCUAUACUAAUAAAUGGAGAGCCGGUUUUUUUGUCCGCCCGGGAAAAAAUGAUCAGGCCUGAUCAGACAUGAAAAAUGACCAUGCCUGAUCAGGCAUGAACUGACCUGAUCAGGUCUGAAAGCCUAUGGUUACUUUUAAUUAAUUAUUUUGCUUAAUUUUAUGGAUAUAGUACUUGAUGGAGUCAUACGCAAUUCUCUAUAAUGAAUU